AUGCUGUUAAUCACGAAAAACUUACUGGCAUGUAUACUAGUUUCAUGUUUAGGUAGUAUACAAUUUGGAUUCCAUUUAGGUAUAUUGAAUGUACCAAGUGAAAUUUUAUCCUGCUCGGAAUUCAAAAUCCCUAACGAAUUAUUACCAUACGAAGACACUUGGUUGGGAUCGCACAAUUUUAAACAAUGUAUCCCCAUGGAUGACGAACAAUUAGGUAUAUUGAACGCUAUCUUUUGUCUAGGUGGGCUAUUUGGAUCAUAUUUUGUUGGAGAUUUUGCCGAUAGAUAUGGGAGGCGAUGUGCCAGUCUAUACAAUUGUUUCCUCGGUAUUCUUGCAUCUCUUCUAUUAUUUAGCAGUGGUGGAUUUCAAUCAUUAUUAUGGGGUAGAUUCCUAAUGGGUGUAUCAUGCGGAGUUAUGAUUGUUAUUUCCCCCUUAUAUAGUAAAGAAGUGACACCCGCAGCAUGGAAGGGUAUAUUAGAUGUCUUAAAUCAGGUGAGUGUAAAAGCUGGUAUUUUAUUCACACAGAUUAUAGGGUUAACAUUCGAUGAUUCGUACCGUUGGAGAUGGAUUUUCUUCACCGGAGCCAUGUUAUCUCUCCUGAAUAUGUUCAUGUGGUUAAGAGUAGACGACUCACCAAGAUGGUUAUUUUCGAAGGGAUUUCGUAAAGAUACAGAAAGAGUGUUAUUUGAACUUUUAGGAGGAACUUACGACGAGGCAAAGAAAAUAGUGGAUGAAUGGACUCGAGAAGCUGAAUUACAAGCUAAUAUGAAUAAUAUUGAUAAUAAUGGAGGCUCAAAUUCCAAUUCUAGUCUCAUAUCUGGUCCUUCAUCAAUGUGGCAAUAUCUUAGGAAUGAUAUUUAUAAGAAUCCUCGUCGAAUUAUUGCUAUAUUACUGGUAGGACAACAGCUUUGUGGGAUAAAUUCAUUAAUUUUUUAUGGUAUCAGAGUGAUCAAUCAAGUGGAUCCUAAACAUUCCAUUCAAAUCAAUAUUCUAUUGUCUUUAACGACAUUACUUAUAACCUUUUUGACUUCUAUUAUGAUUGCCAUUCUUAAUCGGAAACCAUUACUUAUCAUAUCUACUAUCGUAAUCAUAAUUUCAUCAUUAUUUAUGAGCGUUGGAAUUAAUGAGAAUAAACCAUUGUUAUUAACUAUUAAUAUAUUCCUCUAUAGUAUUGGAUAUGCCAUUGGACUUGGUCCAUUACCAUUCGUAAUAAUGCAAGAAGUCUCUACACCUGUGGAUCAAAAGAUGGGGACAAAAUAUGGGACCGCUUGGAAUUGGAUUGGUUCCAUGAUAGUUGGGUAUAUUUUCCCUGUCUUAUAUGAUAUACUGGUUGGUCAUGUAUAUACAAUAUUCGCCAUUGUAAGUAUAUUAUUGGCCUGUCAUAUUUAUCAGGGUGUUCCUGAAACGAAAAAUAAAAAGAGCUUCUUAGAAAUGUGGAGUGGUUAUUAG